CGCGACGCAGCUCAGCCUCGAAGUUGGCUCCGUUAUCGGUAACUAGGAAGAUGCAUGUGCCGACGUGUCCAGAAGGUUCUCACAGGCCGUCGAGGCGCAGCGCGCGAGUAGUCAUGUACAUACACACGCGCAAAGUAUGGGUAACACGAAUCUUCGUGCUAUCUAUAUGACUUGUUACUCCUCAACAGUCACGACAUAUGCCGUUCUUCAUCCGCCCCCUUUCUUCCAUCUCUCUUGUAGACGGCAUGGCGUCGCAGAGCGUCUCGCCACUUUUGGCCUUCGUCGCUUUCGCGCUCCUGUUCGCUCGCGCCUUCGGUACCACCAGCAGUUGCUACACAGGCGAUGGAGACCUAGACACCAGUUCACAGCCCUGUCCCGGAUCAAACAUGUGUUGUUACCUAAACCGAAACGACGGCUACGCAGACGACGUGUGCAUACAAGGCGCCUGUUACAGCAACUACUGGACAGGGCAGUACUUCGUGAUCGGAUGCACUUAUCAAGACUGGGAUGAGCCGGGCAGUAGUUGCAGUCCGUUAUGGGACGCUUGCGGUCGUCAAUCAGGAUACACGCAUGUUUCGCGCUGUGGGGAUGGCAGUUUUUGCUGCGGCGAAGGGAACACUACGUGUUGUAGUGACUAUUCUGGGAUAUAUCUGAACGUAUACGGGACGAAGAUCCUGCAGCCAGACUCAGCGGAGAUCGAGGACACCACGACAUCGUCGUCAUACGCGCCACACAGCAGUCCGAUUCCAACAUCGUUGGAAACACGAAUCUCCACACCGACCCGUACACCAACAGCAAGCCAAUCUCCUCAGAUAGCCACAGCGACUACUGCACCGACUUCAGAUACGCCAAAAGAGGGACUGAAGACAGCGGAAAAAGUUGGCAUCGGGAUUAGUGUGUCUGCUCUAGUCGUUGCAGUUCUUGGAGUUUGGAAGCAAUACAGGAAGAGAUGAAACACGUAUCGUAUCGACCGUUAACUUCGACAUCACUGAUUGCUUCAUGCUUUCAGGCGCCGCCAAUAGGAAUACGCAUGACCACGAUGGCACCCAGAUCGCGAAGGUCGCCCGCUACGAUGCAUUCACACCACCGGCUCCUAGCACCGCGGAUUGCUGAUCCGAGUUCCAUCUGCGUGUCUAAUCAACCGCCAUAGCGAAAUGA